UAUGAAUUGUCAAAUUUCUGUUUAUGGUAUUUGCUAAAAACUUUAGACUAAAGUAUGAUAUUUCAGUUUGAAUAUAUAUGUACAGACAGAAAAUGUAUGGCUAGCUUGCAGUAGUCUGACUAUAUAUUUGGUUAUAUAAGCCUGUGCAUGUCUUCACAUUUCUUACUCACACAUAAUAGAAGCAAAAUAAAAUAAAAAAAAAAAAUAUAGAGAGAGAGAGAACUAAGAAAGGUAAGGAUGGAUAGCAAGAAAGGGAGUGUGUGUGUGACUGGUGGAACAGGUUUUAUUGGCUCAUGGAUUGUGAAAAUGCUUCUUGAAGAUGGCUAUCACGUCAACACAACUUCAAGAAUUGAUCCAGAGCGCAAAAGGGACAUCAGCUUCCUGACGAGCCUCCCGGGCGCAUCUGAUAGGCUACGCAUCUUCAAUGCGGACCUCGACAGUCCCGAGACCUUCAGGCCCGCCAUCGAUGGCUGCAUCGGGCUUUUCCACGUGGCCCAUCCUCUGGAUUUUGAGGAGACAGAGCCCGAGGAUGUGAAGAUCAAACGGGUCACAACGGGCCUGCAGGGCAUCUUGCGGGCCUGCGCGGAUGUCAAGACCAUUAGGCGCGUGGUGUACACCUCCAGCAUCACGGCUGCAUGUGUGGGAGCUAAAACGGGCCCAUCGGGCCUGAUUGACGAGAGUUCCUGGACUGAUGUGGAGUUUGUAAGGAGGGAGAGGCCUUUUGGGGGCCCAUACUUUGUCACCAAGACGUUGGCUGAGAAAGCGGCCAUUGAUUGGGCCUACGAGCUUGGGCUGGAUCUCGUGUGCGUGUUGCCCACUUGGGUCACGGGCCCGUUUAUCUGCAAGCACAUGCCCGACUCUGUUUAUGUGUCCAUGGCCCUGAUUUUCGGGGAUAAGUUACAUUACAAGCAUGUUAAGGACACGAGUUUGGUUCAUGUUGACGAUGUUGCUAGAGCUCAUAUACAUUUGUUUGAGUACCCGAAUGCAAAUGGGCGAUACCUUUGCGCGGCUGAUGAGUUUACUAUAGAAAAACUAUGUGAAUUCAUUUCUGCUAGACACCCUGAAUACAAGAUGCCAAAUCCAGAAUCUUGGAAGGAUAUAAAACCCUUGAAAUUUUCGGGCGUGUCGACGAAGAAACUAGAGGAAACCGGGUUCAAGUAUGAAAGGGGGCUAGCUGAAAUGUUCGACGAUGCAAUUAAAAGCUGCAAGGAAAAGGGCUUUCUCUAAAUUUCUGAUUCAUCAAUUGUUGUUGUUAUUAUUUGCUCAUUAUGUGUUUUGUAUUAUUAUGCGUGUUUCUCAGUUGUUUUUCGUGCCUUUUGUAUUGUCGUGUUAAGUGGGAGUCGAGCUAAACGAACUCGUAUGUCAACUUGUUUAUAAGAAUUGUAUAAAUCAGUUCUCCCUUGCUCCCUUUGUCUCUUCCUUAUAUUCAAUUGUAUAAGAAUUUAUUUUU